AUGAAACUGAUCUUGUUAUUGGUCUGUUUUAUGCUAUCCAAUGCACAGACGAUACCAGAACUUGCAGAAAAACCUGGAGCUAAAACUCUUAUAAAAUUAGUCAAAGAUGCAGGGUUUGCUGAUACUUUGUCCGGUCAAGGUCCAUUUACGGUAUUUGGGCCCACUGAUGCAGCCUUUGCAGCUUUACCUCCAGAUGUUUUAAAUAAAUUAAUGAAUGACAAACAACUGCUGAAGUCUGUACUGCUGUUCCAUGUUUUAAGCGGUAAAGUUUACUCAAGUCAAUUAACCAAUGAUAUGACAGCAGCCACGCUUAAUGGUGCAAAAGUUAGAAUUAACAUUUACGGACAGACUGUAGCUGUAGAUGGGAGCAAGGUAAUAAUGGCUGACCAAAAUGCAACAAAUGGCGUCAUCCAUGUAAUUGACGAAGUACUUGCAGAGAUCCCAACUCAAAAUAUCGUACAGUUUGCUGCAAGUCAAAAAGAUUUUUCGAGUCUUGUAUACGCAGUAGUUAGAGCGAAACUUGGUGCAACAUUAUCAGGCGGCCCAUUUACUCUGUUUGCACCAACAAAUGAAGCAUUUAACAAACUCCCACCAGAUGCAAUAAACAAACUUCUACAGAACCAGACAGCUCUCAUCGAGGUGCUAACGUACCAUGUUGUUAAGGGAACAGUCUACAGUGUCGGACUAUCAAAUGGCAUGGUACCAACUGUAGAGGGCAAAUCAGUAAAAGUAGAUCUUAGUUCAGGUGGUGUGAUGAUAAACGAUGCCAAGGUUACCAUGGCUAAUAUACCCGUCACAAAUGGCGUCAUCCAUGUUAUUGACACGGUUUUGUUACCUCCAAAAUAAGAAAAACAUUAUAAUACAGUUUUAUUGUAUAUUGUUAUAUAUUUUGUUGAUUUUUUUUAUCGUAUUAUAUGUAAAUAAAUUUAAAAAAUAGA